GAAUUGAGUUGUCAUUUUCUUCUACUCAAGGGAAGAGAACAGAAGAAGAGAAAGGCAACUUUUCAAAGCGCUCUCUCUCCUUCUCUCUUCUGGGGAUUUCGAAUUUCUUUUCAUUUGUAUUAUUGUAUAUGUAGGUGAGCUUUUGGCAAAAAGGCCAAAAAAAAAGGUUGAGGAGAAAAAAGGAAGGGAGUCCUGAUCUGCCCACGCAUAGAUACGUGUUUUGGUUUCCUGAAUCGAAUUAUAGCCGUUGGGAUUGGGUUCCCAAUUCCCAAUUGAGGUUUAGCACGAGAAAAAACCCCUCUCCCCGCUGAAGUCUGAAACCUUUGCUGCUCUGUCUUAAUCAUUGCUGCUUGUUCCAUUUGUUGAUUUGAUUCCUCUCACCCUCUAUUUUCUUCGUGUUCAUCGCUUUUUUUGUUCAAAUUUUUUUGAAAUCACUCAUCAUCCCUACCCUAUUUCUACUUCUUUUUCAUAGAUUGAUUUUCUCUUCCUCUCUUACAUUGGGUUCGUGGGAAGAGCUGGCUUUUCCCACGUAUUUUCCGGUCUCUCCCUCUCUGAAUAACGUUUGAUCGGUUUCGACUGGUGGUUUCCACCACUCUGCUGCUAAGCUGCCCGUGACGAUCUCAGUUUUCACGGGAUAAAAUCACUGGGUUUUCGGUUCUCCAGCCGACCCACCUGCAGAAAACCCGUUGCCUUACAGAGAUCUCCCCUCCUUCCCGUUUCUGUUUUGCUGGAAAACUGAUAAAAUGGUAAGGAGGCUGUGGUUUUUCUCAUGGGUUUUGCUUGUGGGGCUGUUCUGUUGUGCUAGCGUUGAAGGCCUUGGGGUCAACUGGGGUACCAUGGCCAGUCAUAAGUUGCCCCCUAAAGUUGUGGUUCAGAUGUUGAAAGACAAUGGAAUUCAGAAGGUGAAGCUGUUUGAUGCGGAUUCAGUCACUAUGAGUGCCCUCGCUGGCUCUGGCAUUGAAGUCAUGGUUGCAAUUCCAAAUGAUCAGCUUGCUGUCAUGAACGAUUAUGAUCGAGCCAAGGCGUGGGUUCGCAGAAACGUCACUCGUUACAAUUUCAAUGGAGGAGUUACAAUCAAAUAUGUUGGAGUUGGGAAUGAGCCUUUCCUCUCAUCCUACAAUGGGUCAUUCUUGAAUAUCACUCUCCCUGCACUGCAGAACAUCCAAAAUGCCCUCAAUGAAGCUGGGGUUGGAGACUCCAUAAAAGCCACUGUGCCCUUAAAUGCAGAUGUUUAUAACUCUCCAGAAAGUAAUCCCGUACCGUCUGCUGGAAGGUUCAGAACUGAUAUCAGUGAACUCAUGACCCAGAUUGUUCAGUUCUUGAACAAGAACAAUGCACCUUUCACUGUAAAUAUUUACCCUUUCCUUAGUCUAUAUGGGAACGACAACUUCCCUUUUGACUAUGCAUUCUUUGAUGGAGUAAGCAAUCCCAUUGUCGAUAAUGGCAUUUCAUAUACCAAUGUUUUUGAUGCCAACUUUGAUACCUUGGUUUCAGCUCUGAAAGCGGUGGGUUUAGGGGACAUGACCAUUUUGGUAGGGGAGGUGGGCUGGCCCACAGAUGGGGAUAAGAAUGCCAAUUCAAAUAAUGCUUAUAGAUUUUAUAAUGGGCUGUUACCAAGACUUGCAGGGAAUAUAGGUACCCCACUUCGGCCAGGUUAUAUUGAAGUUUACUUGUUUGGACUUAUUGAUGAGGAUGCCAAGAGCAUUGCUCCUGGGAAUUUUGAGCGCCAUUGGGGUAUCUUUAAGUAUGAUGGGCAGCCCAAAUAUGCAUUAGAUAUUUCAGGUCAGGGUCAAAAUAAGCUUCUUGUGGCUGCAAAGGAUGUUACAUAUCUUCCUCAGAAAUGGUGUAUGUUCAAUCCAAAUGCUGGUGAUCUAAGCAAACUUGGAGAUAACAUUAAUUAUGCUUGCACAUUCUCAGAUUGCACAGCACUUGGAUAUGGGUCUUCUUGUAACGGCUUGGAUGCUCAAGGAAAUGCUUCAUAUGCAUUUAAUAUGUACUUCCAGGUGAAAAACCAGGACGACUUGAGCUGUUACUUUCAAGGUCUGGCUAAGGUGACCACACAAAAUAUCUCCCAAGGGAGCUGCAAUUUCAUCGUUCAGAUAGAAUCUUCUUCUUCUUCUUCUCUUUGGCAGCCCUCACUGGUGGCUUCAGCAUUUGUAAUGGUACUUGCAUUUCUGGUCCUAUAGAUUUGUUUCUAUAGUUAACUUGAUGUACCAUUUUUUUUAAUAUAUUUGUUCUUGUUAGCUUAAGGACCCA